GCAGGCAGCUCACUUCCGCUGGGCAGGUGACAGCCGUGGGGCUCCGAGCAGCUGGCGGCACGGACGCACCGGGAGAGCGGGAGGACGAGGCCGCGGACAUUUUGCUGCCCAGCCGAGCCGCGCUGUGGUGCCAGGAGCCGUUCGGACCUGCGGAGUCUGGCCACAGAUAAAGGACCAAAAUGACUGACUCAAAAUAUUUCACCACGACCAAGAAAGGGGAGAUCUUCGAGCUGAAGGCAGAGCUCAACAGUGACAAGAAGGAGAAGAAGAAGGAGGCGGUGAAGAAAGUAAUUGCGUCGAUGACUGUUGGCAAAGAUGUCAGUGCCCUCUUCCCCGACGUGGUAAACUGUAUGCAGACGGACAACCUGGAACUAAAGAAGCUGGUGUACCUGUACUUGAUGAACUAUGCCAAGAGUCAGCCCGACAUGGCCAUCAUGGCCGUCAAUACUUUUGUGAAGGACUGUGAGGACCCCAACCCCCUGAUCCGGGCCCUUGCUGUGCGGACCAUGGGCUGCAUCCGUGUUGACAAGAUCACAGAGUACCUGUGCGAACCACUCCGGAAGUGCCUGAAGGAUGAGGACCCAUAUGUGCGCAAGACGGCAGCUGUGUGCGUGGCCAAGCUCCACGACAUCAACGCCCAGCUGGUAGAGGACCAGGGCUUCCUAGACACCCUUAAAGACCUCAUCUCUGACUCUAACCCCAUGGUGGUGGCAAAUGCAGUAGCUGCCCUCUCCGAGAUCGCCGAGUCUCACCCCAGCAGCAACCUCCUCGACCUGAACCCUCAGUCCAUUAACAAGCUGCUCACAGCCCUGAAUGAGUGUACCGAAUGGGGCCAGAUCUUCAUCCUGGACUGCCUGGCCAACUACACACCCAAGGAUGACCGGGAGGCCCAGAGCAUCUGUGAGCGGGUCACCCCCAGGCUCUCCCACGCCAACUCUGCUGUGGUGCUGUCCGCUGUGAAGGUGCUGAUGAAGUUCAUGGAGAUGUUGUCCAAGGACCUGGACUACUAUGGCACACUGCUCAAGAAGCUGGCCCCGCCCCUAGUCACACUGCUGUCGGCUGAGCCUGAGCUGCAGUACGUGGCCCUGCGGAACAUCAACCUCAUCGUGCAGAAAAGGCCUGAGAUCCUCAAGCACGAGAUGAAGGUCUUCUUUGUGAAGUACAACGACCCCAUCUACGUGAAGCUGGAGAAGUUGGACAUCAUGAUUCGCCUGGCCUCCCAGGCCAACAUCGCCCAGGUCUUGGCAGAGCUUAAAGAGUAUGCAACAGAGGUGGAUGUGGACUUUGUACGGAAGGCUGUGCGAGCCAUUGGCCGCUGCGCCAUCAAGGUUGAGCAAUCUGCAGAGCGCUGUGUGAGCACGCUGCUUGAUCUCAUCCAGACCAAGGUCAACUACGUGGUUCAGGAAGCCAUCGUGGUCAUCAAGGACAUCUUCCGCAAGUACCCCAACAAGUAUGAGAGUGUGAUUGCCACACUGUGUGAGAACCUGGACUCCCUGGAUGAGCCCGAGGCCCGGGCUGCCAUGAUCUGGAUUGUGGGCGAGUACGCCGAGCGGAUUGACAAUGCCGAUGAGCUGCUGGAGAGCUUCCUUGAGGGCUUCCAUGAUGAGAGCACCCAGGUCCAGCUGCAGCUGCUGACAGCUAUUGUGAAACUGUUUCUGAAGAAGCCGACAGAGACCCAGGAGCUGGUGCAGCAGGUCCUCAGCUUGGCCACUCAGGACUCAGAUAACCCGGACCUGCGGGACCGUGGCUACAUCUACUGGCGCCUGCUCUCCACCGACCCAGUGGCUGCCAAGGAGGUGGUGUUGGCCGAGAAGCCGCUCAUCUCUGAAGAGACGGACCUCAUCGAGCCCACGCUGCUGGAUGAGCUCAUCUGCUACAUCGGCACGCUGGCCUCUGUCUACCACAAGCCGCCCAGCGCCUUUGUGGAGGGGGGCCGGGGUGUGGUGCACAAGAGCCUGCCGCCCCGCACCGCCUCGAGUGAGAGCACGGAGAGCCCUGAGACAGCCCCUCCCGGAGCACCCUCUGGCGAGCAACCGGAUGUCAUCCCCACCCAGGGUGAUCUGCUGGGUGACCUCCUCAACCUGGACCUUGGACCUCCGGUGAGCGGCCCACCCCUGGCUACCUCUUCGGUGCAGAUGGGAGCUGUGGACCUUCUUGGUGGUGGCCUUGACAGCCUGAUGGGGGAUGAGCCUGAAGGGAUCGGGGGCCCCAACUUUGUGACUCCCCCAGCAGCAGCAGUACCAGCCAACCUAGGAGCACCUAUGGGCAGUGGCCUGAGUGACCUCUUUGACUUGACCAGUGGCGUGGGCACCCUGUCAGGAUCAUAUGUGGCCCCCAAAGCAGUCUGGCUCCCAGCCAUGAAGGCCAAGGGGUUGGAGAUCUCGGGCACCUUCACUCGCCAGGUGGGCUCCAUCUCCAUGGACCUGCAGCUGACCAACAAGGCCCUGCAGGUCAUGACCGACUUUGCCAUCCAGUUCAACCGCAACAGCUUUGGCCUGGCCCCCGCCGCCCCCCUCCAGGUCCACGCACCGCUCAGCCCCAACCAGACUGUGGACAUCUCUCUGCCUCUCAACACGGUGGGCUCGGUCAUGAAGAUGGAGCCUCUAAACAACCUCCAGGUGGCUGUGAAGAACAACAUCGAUGUCUUCUACUUCAGCACCUUGUACCCGCUGCACAUCCUCUUUGUGGAGGACGGGAAGAUGGACCGGCAGAUGUUCCUGGCCACAUGGAAGGACAUUCCCAAUGAGAACGAAGCCCAGUUCCAGAUCAGAGAUUGCCCCCUCAACGCAGAGGCCGCGAGCAGCAGGCUGCAGAGCAGCAACAUCUUCACAGUCGCCAAGAGGAACGUGGAGGGUCAGGACAUGCUCUACCAGUCCCUGAAGCUGACCAACGGCAUCUGGGUGCUGGCAGAGCUGCGCGUCCAGCCAGGCAACCCCAGCCUCACGGACUUGGAGCUGUCCCUGAAGUGCCGAGCGCCAGAGGUGUCCCAGCACGUGUACCAGGCCUACGAGACCAUCCUCAAGAACUGAGGCCCCAUCCAAUGCCCACCCCAGCCUUCUGCCAGCCUGUUGAGGAGCCCUCUGGGGUUAGCAGCACCUCCUACUCCUGGGAGGGGCCGGAGAAGGCUCCUGGCCACCCCUGGGGCUCCCUGUUCCUGACUGCAGGGCCCACCUGGGUCCUCAGGGCAGGGCUGCACCCCUCCUGGAGUGAAGUCUCAGUGUACUCCUGUGCACAGGGACUUCCCUCUUCCACUGCUGCUGACACUUAGGGUCAGGUGAGGAUGGGACCAAAAGAGACAGAGCCAGAGCAGCUGCAGAAGCUGGACAGGAAGACCCAACGUUCUCUUCCUUUUCCCGGCACUUGAGGGCGCGUGUGAGGUUCCCUCAGGCUCCCAGCCCAGGAAGCACCAUGCCCCUCACUCUCUCUUGGGUUGGUGUUGGUGGCCCUUCCCACCACCCGCUGUCAUGACAUGGGCCCUGCCAGGCUGUCCUGAUGUGCGUGGAGGGUCUCCUUGGUAUCAGGAGAGCAGUUCUUUCAGGGUCUGGGACUCCCAGGGCCUGCACCCCCACAUCCUCCCUCCCUGCUUCUGCCUAGGCUAGGGCCCAGUGGUUGUGCCAGUCGGCCCACAGCCUCCCGAGAGCUGACCCGCGUGGGGAAGACCAGGCCGAAGCUCCCCGAGGCCCUGCCCAGGCUCCUGCUCUCCUGGCGGUUGCACACACACCUUCUGCCGAGCUCCCGCCUCUUGCCCCUGCCUAUGGCGGUCACUGCCUAUGACACCUUCCUCGGCGUCCCCUGGGCUCCUGGAGCAGAGACAGGGCUAAGGGAUGAGGAGCUCGGGCAAGCGGGCUGCCUCCUGUGCAGGGUUUCUUUGGGGUUUCUCCUUAGUGUCUGCUACCCUACUCCUGGCCCCCCAAGUGUCAGUUGUGUCUGACAGAGCAUUAGGUUUUCCUUUUACUGCUGUUUAAUAAUAAAGAUUCUGCUUUUGGCAAUCACGGACACUUUUUUCCCCUCUCCACCAAAUGUCAGAAUUGGAAUCUGCCUCCGCUAGCGGUUGAGGGAUAGUUUUCUGAGCCCUGCAGUAACUCUGUCUAAUAUAUAUAGACUAUAUAUUGUAUGUUUACUCUUAUUUUCAAAAAGAGAAAGUGAAUAAAAAUGAUGACAUCAAGCA